AUGGUCUCAGCAACACAAAUGCGCACCAUGUUCCGCAGUGCAGCCCGCCAUCUUACAGAACCACAUCCCUUCGCUCGCAACCCAGUCACCAUGACACCUCACCCAUGGCGUGCCAGUGAUCUCGGCAAGCGCGUCGUCGCAACAAGUACCAUGAUCGUUCCCUUCUAUACCAUUGUUCUUGGCUGGCCUUUAGGAGCCGCCUGGUGGCUCAACGGUAAGAUGUGA